UUUGAACGAUUAUAGACCCCUUAUCUUUCUUUAUAUAAAAUUUGGUCCUCCAAUGAAGCUUAAAAUCAUGUACAAUCUUCUCCUAUACAUCUCAUUCAUCACUCUUUGAGUACAAUAUCUUAAACAAAAGCAAAAUGCAAAGCACAUUAUCAAAAAGAAAAAAAAGCACUAGGCAACGCAGCCGACAAUACAAAUCCAUAAACACAGUACAAAAACUUUGUUUCGCAUCAAAGACAGAAAACUACGUAUUAGAAUCUUAAUUGUUGUCUUAUGUUUUUGGAAAAUUAACCUUGAGACACAGCCAAACGAAAAGACCCUUAUACCCCUACCAAAAUCCAUGCAUAAAUUACUCAACCGUCCUUAAAGAAAGAAAAGCAAAAUUUGAAAACGCCCAAUUUCUACUCUGUUCCUCUAAAGGAAAACCAAGACCUAAGUUUUCUUCUUUAAACCUCUUUUGCAGUUCUAGAUUCUACGAUUCCUCUUUGAACAUAUGUUUUUGCCUAUAUAAAGUCGUCCACCACCUGCUUGUAUUAAUCACCAAUCCAACAACUACCAAACCAGCUCUCUCUGUCGGUCACUUUCUCUGUUUUCUUUGUCUUUCUAGUUAAGCUUCAGAGCUUUCCAUCAAUGGCUCCAAGCUUAAGCAAGAAUGCAGCCCUUGACAUCAUGGGGCCUUUAGACACCAACAUACCCAUGUCCAUAACCUUAGAAGGAACAAACUUUCUCGCCAAUGGCCAUCCAAUUCUCACCGAUGUACCUCCAAACAUAGUAGCCACUCCUUCACCUUUCAUUUCCUGUGACAAAACCAAGAACUUGGUCGGUAGCUUCGUCGGCUUUGAUGUGGACGAGCCCAAAAGCCGCCACGUGAUUCCCAUCGGCAAGCUCAAGGGCAUUAAGUUCAUGAGCAUAUUCAGAUUCAAAGUCUGGUGGACUACCCACUGGAUUGGAAAUAGUGGAAAUGAUGUCGAAAACGAAACCCAGAUGAUGAUCUUGGAGAAGAAUGACUUGGGACGCCCUUACGUUCUCUUGCUUCCACUCAUUGAAGGACCAUUCAGAGCUUCACUCCAACAUGGGGUCGAAGACAACGUGGACAUUUGCGUGGAAAGUGGGUCCACACUUGUUUCUGGGUCCAGCUUCAGGAGCUCUCUGUACAUGCAUGUUGGGGAUGAUCCCUAUGUGCUUGUGAAAGAGGCUAUGAGAGUGGUGAGAUUUCAUUUGGGGACUUUCAGGCUUCUUGAAGAGAAAAACCCACCAGGUAUAGUAGACAAAUUUGGUUGGUGUACUUGGGAUGCAUUCUAUCUUAAGGUACACCCUCAUGGUGUUUGGGAAGGUGUUAAAGGCCUUGUGGAAGGUGGUUGUCCUCCAGGGAUGGUCUUGAUUGAUGAUGGUUGGCAAUCCAUUUGUCACGAUGAUGAUCCACUUUCUGAUAAUCAACACGGGAUCGAUCGAACGGCCGCUGGAGAACAAAUGCCUUGCAGGCUUAUAAAAUUUGAAGAGAAUCACAAAUUCAAGGACUAUGAAAGUCCUAAAAAAAGUAAUGCCUCUGAUAAGGGCAUGAGUGCCUUUGUUAGAGACUUGAAAGAUGAGUUUAAGAGUAUAAAGUAUGUUUAUGUUUGGCAUGCACUUUGUGGAUACUGGGGUGGGAUUAGACCCAAUGUUCCUGGUAUGCCUGAGUCUAAAGUCAUUACUCCUAAGCUGUCACAGGGUUUGAAGAAAACUAUGGAAGAUCUAGCUGUGGAUAAAAUUGUCCAUAACGGUGUCGGGUUGGUUCCGCCGGAUCUUGUUCAUGAGAUGUACGAGGGUCUUCAUUCGCAUCUCCAAUCGGUGGGGAUCGAUGGUGUCAAGGUUGAUGUGAUACACUUGCUUGAGAUGCUCUCGGAGGAAUUUGGGGGUCGAGUUGAGCUAGCUAAAGCUUAUUACAAGGCACUGACUGCUUCUGUAAAGAGACAUUUCAAAGGGAAUGGAGUUAUUGCUAGUAUGGAGCACUGCAAUGAUUUCAUGUUCCUUGGAACAGAGGCAAUAGCUCUUGGACGUGUUGGAGAUGAUUUUUGGUGUGUGGAUCCAUCCGGUGACCCAAAUGGAACAUUUUGGCUCCAAGGUUGUCACAUGGUGCAUUGUGCCUAUAACAGCCUCUGGAUGGGCAACUUUAUACAUCCAGAUUGGGACAUGUUCCAAUCUACUCACCCUUGUGCAGAUUUCCACGCCGCGUCCCGGGCUAUCUCUGGCGGACCAAUCUAUAUCAGUGACUCUGUCGGAAACCACAACUUCAAGUUGCUCAAGAGCCUUGUUUUGCCGGAUGGGUCUAUCUUGAGAUGCCAAUACUAUGCACUUCCUACCAGAGAUUGCUUAUUUGAAGACCCAUUGCAUGAUGGGAAAACAAUGCUCAAGAUUUGGAACCUCAAUAAACAUACAGGAGUUUUGGGACUGUUUAAUUGCCAAGGAGGAGGUUGGUGCCCUGUCUCAAGAAGAAACAAAAGUGCUUCCCGAUUCUCACACUUGGUCACCGGCUUGGCAAGCCCAAAUGACAUUGAAUGGAACAAUGGAAAAAACCCAGUUCAAAUCAAAGGAACAAACAUAUUUGCUGUCUAUAUGCUCCAAGAAAAGAAGCUGAAGCUAAUGAAAUCCACAGAUAAAGUAGAGAUUUCACUUGAACCUUUCACUUUUGAGCUGCUCACUGUUUCUCCAGUAACAAUCUUGGCCAAGAAAUUGGUUCAGUUUGCUCCAAUUGGAUUAGUGAAUAUGCUUAACACUGGGGGUGCAAUUCAGUCAUUAGAAUUUGAUGAGGAUGAGAAUUUGGUAAAAAUGGGAGUUAAGGGAAGUGGAGAGAUGAAGGUGUUUGCUUCAGAAGAACCGGUGAAGUGCAACAUUAAUGGGGUUGGUGUUAAAUUUGGUUAUGAGGAUAAGAUGGUCACAGUUCAAGUUCCAUGGCCUAAUUCUUCAUCAUUAUCAAUGGUUGAGUACAUGUUUUGAAACUACAAAGGGAAAUGUUUUGUAUCCCUCCAUGACAAAAAAUGAAAAGAAAAAGUUUUUUUUUUUUUUGUUUUUAAUCUCAUAUUUAACUUUUUCACAUGUAAAUUUUGGGUGAUGGAGUUGAUGAAUCUCCAUUUGGAGAGUUCUUUGAAAAAAAAAUAAAAAUGUGUUCUUGUAGAAUUCAAGACUGAA